AACCUUUAAAAAACCGCGCUUCACCAUCUCCGGUGUCGGGAGCCGCUGUAGCCGUGAUUUUAAUGACUUUAAAGCGGCAGGAGAGUGGAUCCUGCCGAGCGGAGUCGCAGCUGCAGGCAGUUUGAGCCAAAAUGGCGUCUCUGCGUCCACUCGACACUAAUUUAAUCCAACAGUAAUCAUCCUGUUAGAUUCAGCGACCUGCGGCUGGUUUCCAGGGGUUUCGGCACCACUAUCUGACACGGAGCACAUUUCAUAAGCGUCAUGUCGGACUCGGAAGAGGACAGCCAGGACCGGCAGCUGAAAAUCGUAGUGAUCGGAGACGGAGCCUGUGGGAAGACGUCGCUGGCCACCAGGUUUGCUCAGGAGGCCUUCGGGAAGCAGUACAAACAAACCAUCGGCCUGGACUUCUUCCUGAAGAGAAUCAGCCUUCCAGGCAAUCUGAACGUGACCCUGCAGGUGUGGGACAUCGGAGGCCAGACGUUAGGCGGGAAGAUGCUGGAUAAAUACGUCUAUGGAGCUCAUGGAGUUCUACUAGUGUACGAUAUCACCAACUAUCAGAGCUUUGAGAAUCUGGAGGACUGGUUCAGCAUGGUCAAGAAGGCCAACGAGGAAUCCGACAUUCAGCCUGCAGUCUUCUUGGUCGGCAACAAAAUCGACCUGGAGCACAUGAGGACAGUGAAGGGUGACAAACACCAGCGCUUCUGCCAAGAGAACGGCCUCAUCAGUCAGUUCGUGUCGGCCAAGACGGGAGAUUCGGUGUAUCUCUGUUUUCAGAAAGUGGCCGCAGAGAUUCUGGGUGUGAAGCUAAACAAAGCAGAAAUAGAACAGUCCCAGCGUGUGGUGAAAGCAGACAUCGUGAACUACAGUCAGGAUACGGUGGCCCGGACAGUCAAUCCUCCUCGCAGCUCCAUGUGUGUCGUCCAGUGAUCUCCUCCAUCUCACCGGAAAACACACACCGUGUUUAUGGUAACGGAGGGGAAACAGAAUGCAUCCCACAGACCUAUUAGAUAAAAAUAUCCACACACAUUAAUCUGUCAGGAAAAUAGAUCGCUCACGCCGCGAUACCACGCUCCACCUCCAGGGGCGCUGGGCUGAAAUGUGACCCCCUCUCUUUUCUUUAAUUUGAAUGACCAGAAGCAGACACAUCAGCAGGGUUUUUGUCUUUUGAAGAGAGGGAUGCUCCUGAUUGUGGGGAGUUUCCCACUUCAUGUGAUAUAAGGUCAUCCCAACAGCGCACACGCGCACACACACACACACACACACACACACACACACACACACACACACACACACACACACACACACACACACACACACACACACACACACACACAAAUCUUGAGAUACAAGACAGUGUUAAAAUUUUGGGAUUUAGUGCAUACCAAGUGUUUAGGACAAACUAUCUUGAAUGUUACAUAGUCUCACUCUCUCUCUCUCUCUCUCUCUCUCUCUCUCUCUCUCUCUCUCUAACACUCACACACUCACACACCUAAUUCCCCAUUAGGAUUGUGGGGUUCAGUGGAUGAAAUGUGUUCAGGACCAGCUGUAUAGUCUUGAGGCCUUAGCCUGUAGUUGGGAGAUUUUUUUUAAGUUUACACACAGCUAAGUUUUUAUUUUUUUUCUUCAAAGAAUAAUCUUUAAUGUAUUUGCAUCAUUCUCUAUUUGAAUCAGUUCAGAUUACGCUGGCUAUUUCGAGAGCUUUUUAUUCCUUUUUUUUGCUGUUGGUGAUUGCAUAUUUUAUAAGAACAACACCGUGAACACAUUUCCAUUCUGUCCUUGACAGAAGUCACGUUUAUCUGGUUUCACCAGUGUUUACCCAACAUAUAAUGUGUUUAAUUGAGUGGAUCUAUCCCAUAAUCCUUUGCACUGUGACGUUAGCGUCCGCCUCCCAUCCAAGUCCACAUUUCAAAGCGGACAGGGCCGACUGAUCAGACUGCAGCGUUGACACCACGCCUCUUCAGUUGGAUCAGCGUUCAGUGGGACGUUUUAAGGUCCACGUAACUGGAGAUGAAACCGGAGCAUGUUUCAUGUCUGUGGUGCUUAUCGGGCCAAUAGAAAUGAAAGAGCUGUAGUAAAAUGCUGUAGUCUCCUGAAAUCAGGCACUGGUGAACUGUGCUGUGUUAUUUUGCAUAGAAGUGUUUCAAUUUUCAGUUUUUUUUAAAAACGUAUUUUCAUUAGAAAGACUUACAUUCGAGUGCAUAAAUCACGUUUACAUGUGAGCAUUGCCAAGGUCAUGUGUUGGAGCCUAAUCAGGAUAAAGCUUGUCCCUUACAAUUGGUAAUUUUCAUAAAACCAGGACAGGACUGUGUGAAAUAAUGCAUUCAAUGUUCUCCCAAUUUCUGUUGUGGUUCGCCUAGUUUGGCUCAAAACUCCGAAAACUCAGCGCCACGACUGUUCCGAUAGAUUCUGCAGAAACUACCAAAACACUGAUGGAAAUAAAGUCACUCUUUUGAUCAUGAUUUCCUUCAAACCUACUUGCCUGAAAAGAUGAAAACAAAAUACACAUGAAGGGACUAAAAGCGAAAUGGAGUUACUUGAACUGCUGCAGCCCAAAUCAAUCAUGUAGAGUCGGUCGGUUGUUUUCGACCCGUCCUUGAAUGUUAGAGUUUCUGCUUCAGACCUCCAGCUCGUCUCUGAUUCUCUCAUUAGAUAUCUGUCUGCUUUAGACUGUGUAUUCAGUGUUACUCGUUGUCAAAUGUCUGUUUCUCCAGACAUUUAUGAACGUGUUUUGAGUUGAGCAAUGCCAACAUAAACAAUGGCUCCCCUGAUCGGCUCCAUAUAAAGAAGCAGCUGAGCUGCAGCAGAAACAUUCACGUUCUUAGUUAGUUUCUUGUUGCAUAGCCUUAUCGAACUGUCCGUUAUAGAACAGAUUUUUGCGCUGAAGAAUGCCGAUGAUGCAUGAAAUGUGUCGCACGCUCUUUGUCUUGAUCACAUUUUGAUAGCCCGCUCUUCUGCUCGUGUUCCGUCUGAAGAGAUUCAGAUUUUAUCACACAGCUGAACUCUGUGUACGGUUUGUACAGUAACAGCAAAAGCUCUCGAUUUUUAAACCUUAUGAAAUUGUUUAUGCUCCUAAAACUUAAACUACACGUCGUGCGUGGGUAAAGUUUACUUUAAGUGCUGGAAAAAGUGCAGCCUCGACACAAAUUGCUGUUUUUGGGAGGCAGUUGAUCACAAUUCUGCCCUCAGAACCCGAGGAUGACGUUUUCACGGCCCUCGCUGAGUUUGAGCAGCGCACUUUGAGAAACGUGAAGCUUCAGACGCUGAGUAGCUAUCGAAGUCCUCUAUUUUAUCAACUCCUGAAGAUUUCCUGAUUUACAUCUGUAAACUCUGUAAACUGAUGAUUCUAGUCUAUGAAACUAUCAGCCGUGUACAUUUAAAAGUCAAUGGUAGCUGUUAUAUAGUGAUACAGUUGUGUCUUUCUAAAUAAAAAAUGCAAUGU